AUGCAGUGGAUCGACCAACCCCUGGGCACGCUGAACAGCGCGCAGCUGCCCAUCGGGGCUUGGACGGGCGCGCAGCUGGCGGCAUGGAUCUCCUCCAAUUACGCCUCCACCACCUACGUGGAGGCGCAGAACUCCAUAGAGGUCGCAAGCGACGGGAACCGCCGCAUCUUGUCGGACGCCGAGCUCCGCGACCUCUUCCCCAACGGGCCGGGCUACCUGCAGGGGGCCUACGCCACCAGCCCACAAAGCAUCAACCACCUGCUGGGGGGCAGCUACAUCGACGGGGCCCUCCAAAUCUUCCCCUGGGUCAGCAUGGAGCUGGGCAACGCGGCCCACAUCCUGGGACCGCUGGGCACCGACAUAAUCUGCAAGGUGACCAUCGACAAAAACGUGGGCCACGUCAUGAAGGACCAGACGGACGACGGGCACCUGGUGGAGCUGCGGGGCCCGAUCACCCUCCGCACGCUGAACUUCCGCCUCACCGACGUCGACGGGAACGAGGCUGAGGAGGCAGCACGCUCGGCUGCUGGAAGCCCCGAGCCGCCCGAGCCCGCGGAGCCCGCGGAGCCCGCGGAGCCCGGCCGCGGCGCCGACCCAGAGCCUGUAGGACCAGCUGCUGGGGAUCUUCCCGCAAUUCCCCCUGCCGGGCCUGCCGACCCCGUGGUGGCCGUGCCCCAGCGGAUUCCGGAGCCCCAGAGCCCAAGGCGGCGCCCAAGAAGCGCGGCCGACUGGCCGUCCCCGCCGACCUCAGGCGGUGAACCGCUACCGCAGGCUGCAGUGGCUCCGGAGCCGGAGCAGCAGCCCCAGCAGCCGGAGCAGCCGCGCCGCCCUGUCCACCUGACACCCGCGCAAAUGCGGAGGGUGCGCCAGAUCAGCCGGCAGAACCGCUUCGAGCAGCUGGCCAUGGCGAACAGCAUGGACGUGUAA